GCUCUUCACGCAAGAAUAAAAUAAACGAGACGACGAAAAGAGGCGGACUGUAAAAUAUAUCUUCGGGAUCCCACGCAAUUUGGCGACGACGGAGACAGCGGAAAACGGUCAGCUCUAUCGUCUUCACGAUCAAAACUUAGCCUGCGUGAAGACAGAAGUGGUCCAAGUGGACGUGUCGCGUCCUCGCACGAAAUCAUCGAAGAUUUAUCGCUAAUUUGAUAAUGUUAUCGAAUGUUUGUAAUGUUAUCAGGAUGUGAAUAUUGCAUUGGUCAAUUCAGUUAGCGGAAGUGGAUUAUUUUCGCGUAUAAUUCAUCGUAUAAUUAGAACUCUUUCGCGUAAAUAAUACACGGAAAUAUCUUGCACAUCAUAUUACAAGAUUUCAUUGAUUUAAUAACGUUGAUUUAAUAAGUGAUUUCAGUUUCGUGAAUCACACAUUCGUGAAAUGUUCGAUCGGUUUGCAUAAGAAAAAUCUAGGUCAUAAAUAUUUCCAAUAUCUUCUGAAAAGCUAGUAUGCGGUUGUAUAAGAAGAAGGAUUUAAUCUGACAGGCACGACACGAUUUAUCGUGUCUUUAGGAUGAUAUAGGAAGAGGCUGCCAAUAACACAUUUGAAAAGAUUUCUACGAGAAACACCCUGCGAGGAUGCAUCGGGUCCUCAGCUUUCAAAUGUCACGCAAUAUUGGCGAGUCCAGCGAAUACGUGACAAAGCGGUUGUGUUUCUCGUUUCUUUUCUCGGUCGGUUUCCUGUGUCUCCUCUGCGGCUUUCUGUUGGGCCGCUUCGCCGUUGAGAGAUCGUUGGAGGCUCAAGCACAAAAAACGCGCGGCGAAUUAGCCGGAAAUGGUCUUUGGAACACGGAGUAUCUUCAGCAACUGGCACUCCGGGAAUUGGAAAGAGCGCCGUUCGACUACGAUCGCACGACAAAUCGGCAAACGUUGGAUGAAGAUAUGCGACGCAUUAGUGGGCUCUUUUCCAACUUGUCAUUCGUUCACAAAGUGUCUAAACAUGCAUCAUGCAUUCGCGCAAGUGUCCACGGUUCGCGGGAACCAGAUAGAUAUGUUAUCUUAUCCGUUAAUGAAGACAGUAUCGCUGUAGCUCUGGAAUUGGCACAAGUCCUGGACAGAAUUUCUUCAGAGUACAAUUGGCGACCACGACGAAGUUUGGUCUUCUGCGUAUCCCUUGUGUCUUCGGACGUUUGCUCACAGACUCUGCAGCUGUCUACGUUCAUGUGGCGAAAGGUCCUGGCUUACGUCACAGUGCAUGGUCGUUUCACGCAAGCUAACAGUCACGUGGCUUUGUCCGGAUCGGACAUCAUGCGGUCCGUCGCUGUUGAAGCCAUCAAGACAAUCCCCGGCGAUAGUAACUGGACAUACCUCGAGCACGAAAUGUUCGGUCCCCGCCUUCCUCUAGAUAUUCCGCAAGUGAUAUUUUCGUUCAAUAAUAAUAAUCUUGCAUAUAGUCAUCAAAAUCAAAAUUCCCGACUGCACGACGUAACUCUGGCGCAGAUGGUUAGUCAAACUAUGUGGCGACUGUCCGAAAGUACAGUUAUUCAAUGGGAGCCAAGAUAUUUUAAUGAAACCCUUAACAGGAUAUUGGAGUCGAUCGACACCAGCAGGUUUCGGGACGCGAAGGAGAAAUUGAAGAGAACGUUGAAAGUAUUGCUCACAGGCGCGAAAGAGCUCAAUGCAGAAAUCGACGCGACAGAUAAUAACCAGAUGCUACGCAUAAGGAUAUGGAACGAUCUGCUCCUAGACCUGGACAAGGCGCUUUUAUGUCCUGACAAAACUGAUUCGCAUUCCAGAACCGAUCUAGCGACGUUUCGCGAAUCUAUCAGCGAGCCUACCAUAUUAGCCUACCUCGAACAAAUGGCAAAAUGUUACGAGGACGCUAUAAAAGUUCUGCAGGAAAGAUAGAAUAAAAAGGAGGAACUCCGAGAAAAGAGAGGACAUGAGAGACUUCAGAAAAUAUAUCGAUUACAGAUUGUUACAAAACACAUGCUUCUUGAUGUGACAAUAUAUUUUUUCGUUAUUUU